AUGAUUGCACCCACCAUCAACUCGGAGCGUGCCGUCGCCAAAAUCUUUAACUCGGCCAUCGCCGCGGCAGCCAUCGGUGCAGCCUGGGAGGUCGGCCUUCUUGACGCAAUAUCAAACCAAGCAGCCGUCCACGUGCACAACUUUGCCGUAAAGCACGAUCUGGACGCGGACUCGCUGGAGGGCGUGGUCAGCGCCCUCGCCGUCGCGGACGUUGUCGAGAGAGACCGUGAUGCCGGCACCGUCACUGCAGGCCAACUGCUGGACGAGGCAUACAAGAUGAAGUCGCUCUUCCACUGGCUGGCUCUCGGGUCGGGAGGGCUCUUCUCCCGCAUGCAAUAUGCCCUCCCCAACAAGAACCGCACGGGGACUUACUACUCCCGCGACCCCGUGGCCAUCUCGUAUGCCUGUGCCGAGGCCAACGCCCAGUUCUUCGACCCCGUGUUCCUCCCGGCCGUCGACGCGCUCGGGUACAAGUUCCGCGCCGUGGCCGACCUGGGCUGCGGCAGCGGGGAGCGCCUGAUGCAGCUGAUGGAGCGGCACCCGGGCACCACGGGCAUCGGCGUCGACAUCGCCCGCCCCGCCGUCAACGACGCCGCGUCCGAGGCCGGGAGGCGCGGGCUCGGGUCGCGGCUCUCCUUCACCGAGGGCGACGUGCGCACCAUCGCCCCGCGCCCGGAAUUCGCCCACGUCGACCUGCUCACCUCCUUCCUGAUGGGCCACGACUUCUGGCCGCGCGAGAACUGCAUCGCCAUCCUGCGCAAGCUGCGCGAGGCCUUUCCCUCGGUGCGGCGCUUCUUCCUCGGGGACACGACGCGCGUCCUGCUCAACACGAGCCCCCGCGAGUCCAAGUAUGCCAUCGGCGAGGAGGACGUGCCCAUCUUCACGCUGGGCUUCGAGGUCGCGCACGCCAUGAUGGGGGACUACGUGCCGACCAUGGACGAAUGGGAAGGGGUCUUUGCCGAGGGCGGCUGGAGAUGCGUGCAGAAACACUUGAUCCAGCCUCCGUCCCUGUCGGUGAUCUUUGAGCUGGAGAAGGCUUAG